AUGAUUUCUAUCAAGAUGAUGCUGCUUCUCACCUUUGUUGGCCUUGCGACAGCCCGGAACUGCACCAACAUCAUCAUCGAGACUCCCAUCGUCUCCCGACAAGGCAAGUUUCGAGAGGUUCCGCUUGAGAGCAACGUGGAAGUGGGCGAAUUUGCAACUCGACUCGCCAAGUUCCAGAGCAACUACAGUGUAGAGUUGCUUGAGGGAUAUCAGACUUUGGAAAAGACCUUCAAUAUAUCCGCUCAGUACUGCGAGCCCGAUAGCGGAAGCAGUGAUACGAUUCAGUUAUUGACUCAUGGUGUUGGGUUCGACAAGACAUACUGGGACUUGGAGUAUGGCAGCUACAACUACAGCUAUGUCAACAUGGCUCUAGACGCAGGAUACAGCACACUUGCCAUUGACCGUCUCGGCAUCGGAAAUUCGUCUCAUGGAGACCCCUUCAACGAAAUCCAAGCCCAAGCCGAACUCGAAGCCCUUAACUCCCUCACACUCCAACUCCGCAACGGCACAAUCUGCGCCAUCGGCCGCCCCUUCCAAAAAGUCAUCCAUGUCGGCCACUCCUUCGGCUCCAUCCUCUCAUACUGGCUCUCCUCCAAAUACCCCUCAAACACCGACGGCCUCAUCCUCACCGGCUUUUCCGUCUCCUCCCAAUUUCUCCCUUACAUAAUCGCUGGUUGGAACCUGCACAGCGCACGCCUCAACCAACCCUUCCGCUUCGGCAACGCUUCAAACACUGGUAUUCGGAAACUCGCGACGCAGUACUCGCUAGCCUCCAACCUCGCCUCCGGUUUCCAGAAGAUACUCAAACUGGUUGGUGUAAAUCUCGCGGACAACGCCGUACGGAACAUACUCUCGACAACCGAAUUCUCCAACUUUCUAACCGGGUACAAUGAGGCAGCAGUGCAAUCGCUCAACUACCCUUCGGGCUACAUGACACACUCCAGCCUCACCGCCCUCCAAUACGGCUUCCUGCACCCAUCCAACUACGACAUCAACCUCGCACUACACGGCGAAGCAACUAAACAAGCCGUGACAGCCGGCGAGCUACUCACAAUCGGUAGCGCACCCGCCUCCUCUUCAUUUACAGGCCCGGUAUUAGUUAUCACAGGGGAAAUGGACGUGCCGUUUUGCGGCGGCAAUUGCUAUGGCAAGAUUCCAGGAAUGGAGUUUGAGAAUAUGGUACAAGCGGUUGAUCUGGUGUUUCCGGGGAAAGAAGAGGGGGUUACGGUGUGUGUGCAGCCCGAGACGGGGCAUGGGCUUAAUUUUCAUUACAAUGCUACGGGUGGGUAUGGAGUUAUGCUGGAUUUUUUGGCGAGUAAUGGGUUGGCUGCGUGAAGGGGGGAGGGGAGGAGUUGCUCUUUACAGUUCUUGUUUCUUUUCGGUAUGCUCGAUUUUGAAUUGUUUUUUCUUUUCUUUUUUUAACUUUCGA